AUGUAUGACGCCAUCAACUAUUUGCCCAAAGCCUUCUAUUAUCGCAUGGAGCGAGCAUGGGCACUAUGCAUGGAUGUAGACCUGCAGGCGGCGACCGACGUCACCAUCAAUGCCCUCGGCAUCACGGGCGACAGAGCUGGCGGGGGCCAGGCCGCAGGUAGCAGCGCUGGCGGAAGUGCAGCCACCGUCCCCAGCGCCCGUGGCGGCAGCACCGCCGGCAGCCACACCGGUGGAGGCCAGCCGGACGGUGACAGCAACGGCAAAGGGCAACCAGGCAACGGCAGCCCCGGGGCCGCCAAAUGCUCAGUCGCUGAACUUGUGGCAGCACAGCGCCUGCACUGCCAGUACGGUCACCUCGGUUACUGCGUGCUGGAGCAGCUGAUAAGCAAGCAGCUGGUGCAGGGACCACAGGUCACUCCAGCGGCACUGCGCCAGGAGAUGGAGGCCGUCUGCGAGGCCUCUGUCACCGUGAAGGCCACCGCAACCGCCCACCCCAGCCGCGGCAACCAGCCGUAG